AUGGAGGCGAAAAUCAAAGCGGAAAUUGAAGAAGAGCUCGAUAUUCUUGAAAACAACGAUGAUUCCUUCCCGACUUGCGACAUUUGCCUCUGUAAAUAUGACCAAAAAGAUCACUGGCAAUCCUGCAUCAUCGUCUGUGGCCAUAUCGACCAUUCAUCUGGCUGUGGCCAUUGCGUUUUCAACCCGAUGUCAAUCAAUUCCUGCGACCAUCAACAAAGCUUCGAAGCCCUCAAAAGCUGUCUCGGCAAACCCGCUCAAGAAAUCGCCAGCUGGACAAGUUGCAAUGACGAUUUCGUCUUCGACCGCUCUCUCCGAAACUCGACCAAUUUUAUCUUCAAUGCCGGCCAAUCUUGGGAAACAGCUGUGACUCAGUUCAAGCUCAUCUGCGGCGACGAGUGGUUUGACUCACUUUCAACUGCUCUUGGAUUGCUGUCGCUCAUGAUUGGCGCGUAUAUUGCCGGAAUUUAUGUGGACAGAUUUGGGAGAAAAAAUGCGAUCAUGGUUUGGACUCAGAUAAAUGGAAUAUUGCUCACGAUUCAUGCCUUCAUGCUACGGGCUCCAACGAUGCGAGUUCUCGGCAAUGGCUUUGGCCACGUAUCCUAUCUCUCUCAAAAAACUUAUUCGAUGGAGCUUCUUGGUCCUUCCCGCCGAGCCAUUUCCGGAGCUCUGGCGAGUGGGUACUUUUCAAUUGGAUACAUUAGCUCUGGUCUUGUCGCGUAUUUUGUCCCGGAUUGGAGGGAGUUUACCUUGGCAAACGCAACUAUUGCCUUUGCUACCUUACUGACUUAUCCUUUCUAUCCGGAGUCGCCGCUGUUUUUGUAUUCUAGAGGGAGGAGAGAAGAAGCAAGGGAGAUUUUCAAAGAGCUUGGGAAACAAACAAACAGGGAAAUAGAUGACUCUCUUUUGGACAAAGUCGAAGCUGAUAUUUUAGCAAAAAAUGACAAGGAAUCAGAGGAAUAUACGAUUCUGGACAUGUUCCGGCACAAAAACAUGGCUAGUGUUUCGGCAAAUGUCGGUUUUGCUUUCUUUGUGAACACGAUGGUCUACUACGGGCUAUCUUUCAACGUCGCUUCUUUUGCUGGAAGCAUUUAUGUGAACAACACGAUCAAUGGACUUGUAGAGCUGCUUGGAUAUGUGCUUGUUGCUUUUACGCUGGAUAGGUUUGGGAGAAGAUGGAUCAAUGGAGGCUUUAUGAUCUUUGGCGGAAUUGCUUGUUUAGUUUGCAUGGCGCUAGAAUUCGCGGCGGGAGAAGCUGAUGAUCCUCGGGCUUUUCUUGAAGCGCAAAGAUGGAUGGCUUUUGCGGGGAAAUUCUUUAUUUCUGGCUCGUUUGGCGCGAUUUAUGUUUAUGCUGCAGAACUGUUCCCUACGCCAUUGAGAAGUACAGGAAUCGGAUUCGGUUCGAUGUGUGGAAGAGUUGGAGGGUUUCUAGCUCCAUUUAUUCUUCAGAUGAAAAAUGGAUGCAUUGUUUACUUGUUAUUCGGAUCUUUUGGAUUGCUUGGUGGAGCUCUUAUCUUUCUUCUACCAGAAACUUCGGGACUUCCGAUUUGUCAGACGCUUGAAGAGUCUCUCAACUUUUAUGCGAAAUCGAAAGCAAAAGGAGAGCAUUUCUCCUUGAAAAAUAUUCAGUCUGACGAAAAGAAAAACGGUUCAUCAAAUUUUUAA